AUGAACAGAGACGCUUUCCUUAGCUUCCUGGAGAAGCAACGCCAGGCUUGACACUGAGUGAUGAUUGUCACGCAGAGAGAGUCGGAAUAAUAACGCGGAAUCAAAUCCACAGAGAGAGGGGAGGAGGGGGCUCAGUCUGUGGAUACCUGCGCGUCUCCACUCCGGCCGCAGGUGCGCUAGGGUCCCUCUAAAGGGAGUUUGAUCUGUGAGAGGCAAGUGCGAGAAGAACCAGUCCUGCAGGGAUUAUUUUUCAUUUUCUCGCCAAGUGUCAGUUUUAUUUAUUUAUUUAAUUUAUUCUUUUAGUUAAACUGAAAGCAAACUUUCUCUCCCCUUUGCGCCACCUGCAGUCAUAGUUCAACUCCAGGUCUGACUCCAGCUUCAUUCUGAGCUUUGUAAGUCUGUGGGCUGUUCUUUCAGACCUUUCCUGAGCUCGGAUUACACUGGACAGCACCUCCAGUCUGAAAGGAGAAUUCCUCAGAACUCCCAAGUUAACGAGAAUCGGGAGUCCUUUCCAGUCCAGUCUUUGCUUUAAAACGAGCUGAUGAAGAGAACAAUGUCUGGAUUAUUGCAGCCGCUGUUCAACCUGCCCCGGGAAAGAGGGGAGGAGUGAGGAAAGCAGUAAAAGAAGGGAGGAGGAAGAGGUGAAGAAGGGGGGGAAGUCGGCGGCGUUUAGCUGCCGUCCACUAGUUCUUUAACGCCUUUGCUGCCCGGGUUCUCCACUCUCUUUUUACGAGAUACACGAACAAACAUCAAGAGACGCGCGGGGAGGACCUGCGUUCACACCCUGGGCACUCAGGCUCAGAAUGCUUGACUGACUCGUUUCAAAACAGACAACUGGACCUCUCUCAGGACAUAAGAAAACAAGAAAUCUGGCACACCGGCUUUACCUCUGGGCCAAACGGCCAGCGGGAGGUGACUGUCAGAAGAAAUGCCGGUCCCAGGUGCCCUAGUACAUCACCACUGGGACCAUGGCGACUCCUUGGCCAAUGAGAAGAGAGAGGUGCUCCCAUGGCUCCGCCUGCCUUGCUAGAUGGUUGGCGUCAUCCUUGAUGCUCCUAUGGUUGCCGUGGAUGUUAUUAUGGCUGCCGUGGCCUACCCAAGCUGAACAGGUGGGCAGCGGGGGACAUGGCGGAAAGGUGCCGCAUGGAUCCCUUUCGUCCCCCUCAUCUUCGUCAUCUUCCUCCUCCUCCACAUCCCCUUCUGGCUCCUCACCAUGGGGUUUUAGCACAAGGCAGAGCGGAGGGCAGCUGGACUGGCUGCUGUCAGAGAAGGGCCCUUUCCACAGGUGUCCUGAGUACACCGAGUUCAGAGAGAGGUUCCAGCAGGGAUUUUCUACCAGAUACAAGAUUUACAGGGAGUUCAGCCACUGGAAGGUGAACAGCCUGGCUACGGAGAAGAGAGAUUUCCUCAAAUCUCCAUUGCCCUUAGCACCAGAGUUCCUACGCAACCUGCGGUUACUGGGCCGACGACCAACCCUGCAGCAAAUCAAUGAAAACCUCAUCAAGAAGUACGGGACCCACUUCUUGGUUACUGCCACCCUGGGAGGAGAAGAGUCUCUGACCAUUUUCCUGGACAAGCAGAAGCUGAAUAAGAAGUCCGAAGGCAACAGCAACAGCUCAGUAGUGUCUUUGGAGCUGCUCCAUCAGCUGGCCGCUUCCUACUUCACAGAUCGAGAGAGCACCCUGAGGCGACUGCACCACCUCCAGAUUGCCACCUCUGCUAUUAAGGUAACCGAAACAAGGACAGGCCCUCUCGGCUGCAGUAACUACGACAGCUUGGAUUCAGUUAGCUCGGUGUUGGUGCACAGCCCGGAAAAUAAGAUCCACCUAAAGGGAUUACAAGAUGUCCUGCCAGAGUUUCUGCGUGGGCGUUUUGUGGAGGCAGCCCUCAGCUACGUGGCAUGCAACUCGGAGGGCGAGUUGCUCUGUCGCAACAAUGACUGCUGGUGCCGGUGCUCUCCUCGCUUCCCAGAAUGCAACUGUCCUUUUGCUGACAUCAAGGUCAUGGAGGAGAACCUGGAAAAGAGCAAAGAGGCGUGGAACAACUUCAACCAAGAGUUCAUGGAAUCAGAUGAAUUCAAAGCCUUCCUGAAGCGAUUGCCCACUGAUCGCUUCCUGAAUGUGUCCAUGAUAGCCAAGCUCUGGUCAGCCGACUUAACCCUCCAAAAACGUUAUGCCCAGCUGGAGGCCAACACCGUCCUUGUCCUCAGCAAAGCCCAGAAGAUCAUCAGGAAACUGUUCACGCUGAGUAAACGCUGCCCCAAACAGCCCCGCAUCAGUCUCCCCCAACAAAGGCCUGUUGGGUUUUGGCUGACCAGGGCUCAAUCUCUGCUCUACUGCAAUGAGCAUGGAAUGCUGGGCUCCUUCUCUGAGGAGGUGAUGAGCUGUAGCUGCCCCGUGGAGCAGCCAAACUGCCAAGGAGUCAUCCCCUGUGUUGUAGGGACUUCCACCACCUCCUGCACCCUCUGCGCCUCUGACAACGCCACCCGUUGUGGAGCCUGUCAUCACGGCAACAUCCUCCAUCUUGGUUCCUGUCGACCUAGCAUUGCUGCAUCGCUAGAUCAUUACCUGAACUUUGACUUGGACAUGCCUGAUGCCGAGGUAAAGUACCUGCUUCAGCGACUGGACAGCAGGAUAGAGGUCCAUGCCAUCUAUAUCAGCAAUGAUGUCCGCCUGGGAAGUUGGUUCAAUCCUGCCUGGAGGAAGAGGAUGCUACUAACACUCAAGAGUAACAAAAACAAGUCCAACCUCAUCCACAUGCUAAUGGGCAUUUCUUUUCAGAUAUGCUCAACUAAAAAUUCAACACUGGAACCCGUGCCUGCUGUCUAUGUGAAUCCUUUUGGGGGAAGUCACUCAGAGAGCUGGUUCAUGCCAGUGAACCAGCCUGACUUCUCUAACUGGGAGAGAACUCGACUGGACAGCGUCACCACUGCACAGUGUUACAACUGGACUCUGUCUCUGGGCAGCAAGUGGAAAUCCUUUUUUGAAACAGUGCACAUCUACCUGAGAAGCCGCAUAGUCACGGAUGAUCCAACAGUGAAUGAAACUCUCUUCUAUGAGCCAUUGGACUUGGAUGAUCAGACCUCCAACCUGGGCUACAUGAAGAUCAACACGCUGAAGGUGUUCGGAUACAGCAUGCACUUUGACCCUGAGGGCAUCAAGGAUCUGAUUCUCCAGUUGGACUACCCCUACACACAGGGUACGCAGGAUGCCGCCUUUCUGAUGUUACUGGAGAUGAGAGACCGGAUUAAUCGGCUAUCUCCACCAGCACCACAGCCAUUAGAUCUGUUUUCUUGUCUCCUGCGCCACCGCCUCAAGCUGUCAGCCGGAGAGGUGGCACGAAUCAAGGACUCUCUGCAGAUCUUCAAUUCCAAGCUUCCCAAUGCUUCACCUGAACCUGAGCUGGCCCAGCUCUGUAGCUAGCUAGUUUAGCACAAUCGCCAGGUUCAGGAAUGAUGCUGUUCGUAGAAAGAGGAAUUGCUACUUCAGGGACGACUCUGCUGAGAUGGCCUUUGGACCCGAAUCAUCUGGAUUAACGUACUCUGAAGAAGGUUGAAUGCUUGGCCUUUUUAUGGUCACUCUCAGUUGGUUUUCUGGUGUUUUACCUUUGACAAACAGCAUCAUGUCCUUGACUUUUCGGAGAACGAGGGAUACUUUGACUCUGUUUAGGAGGCUGUACUGAACCCACCCGGAGGUUCACUUUUGCUAUUACUGCCCUGCAAACUGCGUAACUGGACAAGGCUAAAAAGGUUUCUUUCACUGACAAGUUUUUGUGAUUUGGAACAAUAAAAAGAAGAUCAUACAUAAGACACCUGCCUUGCAAAGACAAACGCGGUUUUCUUAUAAGAGGAACUCUUCAGAGGUCUUCAAAAAUUAGCGGAAGAGGAUUUCCCUUUUCUAACCCUAUUUUCUUUGGCUACAGAACAAUCUUGAGGGAAGGGAAAAUGGGAUAAUUAUAUAUAUGUGGUGAAUGAGUUGUUAUGUUAUGCUUAACAGUUUAAAAUUUGAUAAUAUUGAACCCUGUCACUGUCUUUGAAUAUUUCUUUUUAAACCCUACCUUCCAUUUUAUCUGGCAUUUGAAAACUUGUAUCUAUGCUUAACAUCUGAGUGAGAAGCCUGUUAGUGAUGUUCUGUCCUUGGUGGCUUGUCUGUACCAAAAGAAGGUAACACAUUGGCAAUUUGAAUGGCAAAAUAUCGUAAAUGUUGAGUUAUUAUUCUUUCACUUUUGAGCUGAAAUAAUUCAUAAUGGAACCUUCAGAUGUGGUAACAAAAAGGUCUGCGGAUAUAGCGCUGUAAAUAACGCUCCAUCUAACCCAGGUUGUGGACAAGUGCACAUUGCUUUUUAGAUAACUGAGUUCAAAGACCAAAAAAAUGUUUAUAACAAAACAAACUCAUGCCUUAUAUGGAGAGUCAAUGUUAAGGUAAGAAGCACAUUUAGUUUCUGUGUUUGGUUUCCCUGCGAAGGUUGUAUUGCUUUUUAUAUUUCAAUAUUUCUACCAAGACAGAACAACAGACGCAUUCUCCAGAGUACGUGGUAAUGUAGCUUUUCCAUGUAAAUGCCAGUCACUCGUUCUGCAGGUACUUGUUUUGAUUUGGUGUUGUGAAACUUUUGAAUCACCAUUCACAGUGCACACCAGUACAUGCAUAAUGUAAUUGUUCUGCAAAAUCCUCCAAUGAGAUAAACUUUCAGUAAAUAAUAGAACAUGUUCGAAUUUAUGGUUUUAAAAGGUUUUCAGUGGUUCGGUUAGUCUCAGGUCUAUGAAACUUUUUUCUUUUUUUUUUUUGACAUAUGGGUCCAAUGUGAGCUGCAGUUACCACGGCAACUGGAGUUACAAGGUUUCUGCGGGGCGGUGAUGGUACACUUGAAAGCUGCAAACUUAACCAGGAUGAUACUUGAUAUGAUUUUACUUUUGCUUCACUAAUUUCUCACUGAAAGUUAGAAAACCUUGUAUGUCAUUAUCAACAGUUCUUCUGUGCUCAGCUUGCUUAAGUAAAAACAAAGUGAUUUAUCUAUCUGAGAGCCUUUUCCUUGUUUACAAAACUUUAACCCUCACUGUUACGUCUGUUAUAUAGCAUUAUUGCCAUAUUACCUCUUUGCCUGCAUGUUACAACAUUGUCUUUGGUCAAUUCAAAGACAUAUUGAUAAGAUUAGCUGUGAAGAUGGUGUCAUGGAAAAGUGCAAUGAUGAUGGCGGAUGUGGUCAGAGCUACAGUAAUAGUGGUAGUAAGGGGAGGGGGUGACACAAGACCGUCUCAUCUUACCACCACUAGCUGUUCAUUGUUCUAGUGUAAGCACAGUUUUUCACAUUUGCAUUUAUUUAUUUCACAGACAACACAGAUCUGUUGUUAAGUAAUUUCUUGUUAAGUACAUGUGUCACACUAUCACUAUUGCAAACACUGUUUCUGUUUCCGGUCCACCUAAUGGGUGCCAGGCAGAAUUAUCAACGUGGAAAAAUGGGAAACUAAUCAAAAAAACCAAAACAAAUUCAGUCAUUUAUUUUGUUUUCAUGUCCUUACUGAAACCAUUUGACUAAUUUGCAGCUGUUUUUAUGCCAGAUAUGCUGGUUAGAAACCAGCCUUGCAUAAACAUUUAGACCUUUUCAACAUAGUCAUGUUCGAUAAUAUUUGCAGCUUUUGACGGUGGACUUAUAAAUUAGGUCACCAUGCUGCAGUUUCCAACUAAGUUAAAGGCAGGUAAUGCAUUUUCUGUGGAUCAAUUUUUCAAAUGAAGAGGAGCAUUCUUGUGCAUCUACAGGGAGGCAAAAGGAAGAAGUGGUAACAGGUCAAAUAUUUCAGUAUUUUAUCUCAGUCUCAAAGCCAAGUAAAUUAUCAGCAACUAAGUGAUGUUGUUAGACUUUAAAAUUAUUGUUGCUAGUUUGUGCACUAAUCUUAUACUAAAGUCUUAUACCCUUUUUAAAUAUUUAGUCAGCUGUUGCCUGCAUGUAACAACCAAUUACAGCAACUGGAAAGAAGCCAGUCAAAGCCAAACAGAACAGGUUAAUCUGAUCUAACAGGUUAACCUUAAGAACAGGAUUAACUGCAUUAAACUCCCUGCCUCAGAGGCUCAUUUAUGGGAAGUUAGAAACAAGAGUGAAAGACAAAAAUGUGCAUUUUACAGUAACAUUCUGUUAGUAUGGUUCAAUUAAUUUAAUUUAGAACAUUACUAUAUUUUUACAGGGUCACGCUAUAAAACUAGUGAUGAAGGAAUUUCUACUGUAUUUUCUCCAAAAUUGUUGCUAUUUCAAAAGUAAAUAUCUAUUGAGUCUGCAGGUAGUGUAAUUUCACUUGGUGAUGGUGUUCUUUCAGUCACUGUCCACAGUUCAUGCAAACAAAUAUGCUACUAUAACUACAGUUAAAUGGAAGCACUCAAUAUUUUAAAACAUACUACUAACACAGACCCUUAUUCACUAAUAUGUGAAUAUAAAUGUUCUCACUGUGUCCACAAAAUAAAAGCACAGAGGAAAUUAUCAUUGGAUUCAUGAAACAGGUUGAAUGGAGAGGGUGAGAAAAACAGCUGGAAGACAAUGGCAACCACAUCUGUCAGCUAAAGAUUAGGAAACUCAUUGCAAAUAUAAGAAAACACGAGUAAGUGGAAUAUUGCAGAGAAAUUAGACUGUCAAUGAAUUUUCAACCAUUAUGUUGAAGAUUUGUUGGUGUGUUUGGAUCAUUGUCCAGUUGCAUGACCCAAUGUCAGCAAAGCUAUGGAUAGAUGGCUGUACAUUUGAUUCUAUAAUAAUAAUAAUAAUAAUAAUA